GAGGACGGAAGUCCAGUAUCUAUUUUCACUUUUGAUUGCGUUAAGCAAAAAGAUAAAUUGCCUUUAGCCAAAAAUGCUUUCAAGAAAUUUCGAACCAUUAGACAUCCAGAUUUAUUACGUUAUGUUGAUGGUGUAGAGACUGAUUCUAAUAUAUACAUUGUUACCGAAAGUGUUACUCCUUUAAGUACACAACUUAAUGCUCGCUCUGAUGAUAAUUUAGUGUCAUGGGGUUUAUAUAAAGUGGGGAGCGCAUUAAAAUUCUUAAAUAAUGAUUGUUCAAUGAUUCAUGGUAAUGUUCGAAUUUCGUCAAUAUUUAUUAAUAAAGCUGGUGAAUGGAAAUUGGCUGGAUUUGAACUUAUGAGUUCUCUCAAGGAAGACAAUCCUGUGAUUUUU